AUGACUUUAGAAAAGAAUCAAGAUUCUUUAAAGGAAGAGCUUCUACAGGCUAAACAGAAUGCAUCAACUGCUGAAGAGGAGGUGAAAACUGAAAGAGACAUGAACAAGAUUUUGCAUGAGUACAACAAAGGCUUGCAAAAAGAAAGCUGCAAUCUUGGAAAGGAACGUUACCUCUUCAUGAAACAGGAGUUCACUUCUGUAAAUGAUUCACGAGAUGAUGCAGUGUCAGAUUACGAGAGUUUGAGCUUGAAUUCAGUCGUUUUGGAGAAGUGUUGUGCUCAAACAGAGCAAAUAUCUGUGCUUGAACAUCAGUUAGCAGCUGCAAAUGAAAAACUUAAGAUUGUGGAUUUAUCUUCAUUAGAGAUAAGAAGAAAAUACGAGGACCAAAAACGGAUUGUUUCAAAAUUAGAGGACCGAUUGCUGGAAGCAGGUCAACUUUCUGAAGGGGAGAGAUUGAGGAAUAAACUCCACAAUAUCAUUUUGGAGCUCAAAGGGGAUAUAAGUUGA